UUCUACCCUGUCCAAUAGGGCCGCUGAGAUGGCAAUGGGCGUUUGGUUUUGGUUUUUGGAGAGGAGAGCUGGUGCCUCCGUGGGUUCUGUAUAAGGCUGCCAGAUGCGAAGUCACUGGUUGGAAUCCAUCAGCCUGCCCUCGGGAAGAGGAUGAGGCAGGCGGCUCCCCUAAAGCAGACAACCCCAGAAGCCUGCUGGGCAGUCCCACCCAGGGCUGCAGGGGCCCUGUGAGUGGGUAUGGACCCCAGGUCCAUGUGCUUGGGCUUGGGGUUUGGUGUGAGCUGGCCCACGGGCCCCGAGCCUCACCGUGCGACUCUGGACUUGGGAUCCCCCAGGUCUACUUCCCCUACCUGCUCAUCAGCAAGAAGCGCUAUGCAGGCUUGCUCUUCUCCUCUCGGCCGGAUGCCCAUGACCGCAUGGACUGCAAGGGCCUGGAGGCUGUGCGCAGGGACAACUGCCCCCUCGUGGCCAACCUCGUCACUGCCUCGCUGCGCCGCCUGCUCAUCGACAGAGACCCAGCCAGUGCAGUGGCCCACGCCCAGGACGUCAUCUCGGACCUGCUCUGCAACCGCAUCGACAUCUCACAGCUGGUCAUCACCAAGGAGCUGACCCGCGCGGCCGCUGACUAUGCGGGCAAGCAGGCCCAUGUGGAGCUGGCUGAGAGGAUGAGGAAGAGGGACCCCGGGAGCGCCCCCAGCUUGGGUGACCGUGUCCCCUACGUGAUCAUCGGGGCUGCCAAGGGCGUGGCUGCCUACAUGAAGUCUGAGGACCCCCUCUUUGUGCUGGAGCACAGCCUGCCCAUAGACACACAGUACUACCUGGAGCAACAGCUGGCCAAGCCGCUCCUGCGCAUCUUCGAGCCCAUCCUGGGCGAAGGCCGCGCCGAGGCCGUGUUGCUGCGCGGGGAUCACACGCGCUGCAAGACAGUGCUCACGGGCAAGGUGGGCGGCCUGCUGGCCUUCGCCAAGCGCCGCAGCUCCUGCAUCGGCUGCCGCACCGCGCUUGACCACCAGGGAGCCGUGUGCAAGUACUGCCGGCCACGCCAGUCCGAGCUCUACCAGAAGGAGGUAUCCCACUUGAACGCAUUGGAGGAACGCUUCUCGCGGCUGUGGACGCAGUGCCAGCGCUGCCAGGGCAGCCUGCACGAGGAUGUCAUCUGUACCAGGUGCCUGGACCCCAGGCUGGCUUGCCUGUACUCAGAUGGCGUCUUCUAUGACCUGGAUAGCGGCAAGCACCCAGGUUAUACGGACACAGAGGGGGUUCCUGACUCCCUGUGGUCCUGGACCGAGGCCCCACCAGCCCCACCUGCUCUCUAUGAGACCUUCGACCCUGCAUCCGCCUCAUUCGGCCACCCCCAGGCUGUUCCCCUCUGCUACGGACCCGCCACCUACAGCGCUGCUGCUGGGGGUCUCGACCUGACCCCCAAUCUGGAGGCCCUGGGGCCCAGUCUACCCACGUACCCCGCAGAAGAUUUCACCAGCCAGACCCUGGGCUCCCUAGUGGCCGCGUGUGCCCCCUACCCCAGCCCUGUGCAGUCCGAAGAGGAGGACUUUGUGCUGAGCAGCCCGACCCUGGAGGUGUCAGACAGCGAGUCCGACGAGGCCCUGCUGCCCGGCGUGGAUGGCCGGGGAUCAGACGCAGGAGCCCGCAAGAAGCUGCGCCUGUACCAGUUCCUACUGGGACUGCUGACCCGCGGAGACAUGCGCGAGUGUGUGUGGUGGGUGGAGCCGGGCGCCGGCAUCUUCCAGUUCUCCUCCAAGCACAAGGAGCUGCUGGCCCGCCGCUGGGGCCAGGAGAAGGGCAACCGCAAGCGCAUGACCUACCAGAAGCUGGCGCGCGCCCUGCGCAACUACGCCAAGACCGGCGAGAUUCGCAAGGUCAAGCGAAAGCUCACCUACCAGUUCGACUGCGCGCUGCUGCCCGCCGCUCGCCGGGCCUGA